AUGGGGAAGGACAGGUUCUCCGACAACCCGUACCCGAACGUGCAGGUAUCGGAAAACGACCGCCGCGUGCUGAUCGACCUCGUCAGUGGAUUCGUCGACGACAACUUCCAGGAGUACGAGGAGUUUGUCGAGAUCGACCAGCAGAUUGUGGACGAGCGACGCUGGAAACUCGCCAAGUCUCGAGACAACCAGCACGUGUACGCCGCUCGCAAUCGAGACGCCAACUUUGAGCCGUGGAAAACCGUCGGAGUGAACGAUGAGAAGCCGCAGGGGAAGGCUCUGCCCUCCGUUCUGAGCGUCGGGACGUUCAAUGGUGGCUUAGACGACCUCAUGUUCGGCGCCGUGAACCCCACGCAAGACAGCAUGCGCGUCAAGGCUUCGUACGUGGGUGACGUCGACAGCGCAGCGAUUCUGUGCCCCGUGGUUGAACCCAGCGAGGAAAUGCCCUUCCAGUCGCUCAUUAUCAAGUGGAUGACCAUUGAUCUCCCGCUACAGGCUAUGAGUCUUGUCAAGAGGCGAGAUUUCGUCUACAUCGAGGCCACUGGGUUCGUUUACCUUGCGAACGGCGAGCGUGUGGGCUACUAUCUGCUGCACUCGAUCGAGUUCCCGGAGACCAAGCCGCUGCCGAAUACGAUCCGUGGGAAUCUGUCCAUCUUCGGCUUCUUCCGUCAAGUCGACGACAACGUUAUCGAGCACUACGCUCGCGGCACGAUCGACCCGGGAGGUGAAAUCAAGCGCUUUAUGUGGUCCUCGACGGCAGUGGAAACGAUGCUCUCGGUUGCUAAGUGCGUCCAGUGCGGACAAAUGAAGAAGCUGGCGUGGAUGUUGCAGCAGAAUAACGUGGCAAACAAACGGAAGAGCCACAUGCAGAGUGCCCACUGCAGUAUGUGCGAAAAGAGUCUGCUCUGUCCGAUAUCGGGCAAGCAACUGGUUGGAUCGAGUACGUGUAAACUGUGCCAUGGUCCGGUGUGCCGCUCCUGCAAGAUUCGGAAGCGCCUCAGCUUCAUAGAGCUGGAUGGGAAGCUUGACAAGCGCAAGGUCUCGUUCUGUGCCUCGUGCAUUACCAACGCUACCGAGCUGAGUGCGGAGCUGGCCGCGAAAGAGCAGGCUACUGGCUACAAUGUUUACACGCGGUUCAAGAGCGUAUCGUCAACGACGUCAUCCCAAACGGACAUUUCAGAGAAUUCGUCGUUCUUGGACGACGAAUUGCAGGCUAUUAUGGAGGACAGUGAUGAGGAUGAAGAUAUCCCUCUUCUCUCGGAUCUUUCUCCGUCCGAAGCCAUUCCCUUGGUGUUUUAA